UCCUCAAAAUCUCAUUAAUCCAAUGAGUAUAACCCUCUUUUCUCUCUCUCUCUAUAUUCAUUUUAUAAGUAAUACCUAUAUAUAAAUUAUAUAUAUACAUGGCUGACCAAAAUAAUCCCAAUACGACCGACCAAUCACCAAACCUUGACUGUCCUCCUAAUUCAUCAUCAUCAUCUUCUUCUUCUUCUUCUUCUCUUUCUCUUCCAAUUCAACCAUUACGCCAACAUUGUUCUCUCCCUCUUGUUCCCACGUGCGAGAGUACAACAACUACUGCACCAUAUUCUUCAACGCAGCCAAAUUCUACGUCCAAUAUCAUGGCCUCAACAUCCUCCGGCUCUAACCACCCAGCAAGGUUUAGGGGGAUCCGGUGUCGGAGCGGCAAAUGGGUGUCGGAGAUCCGAGAGCCUCGUAAGACGACCCGGAUAUGGCUCGGCACCUUCCCGGCGCCUGAGAUGGCGGCUGCCGCCUAUGACGUGGCGGCGCUAGCCCUAAAAGGUAGCGAUGCCGUCCUCAACUUCCCUACUUCCGUGGGAGACUACCCGGUCCCCGCCUCCACCUCCCCCGGAGACAUUCGCAGCGCUGCCACCGCGGCUGCUGCGUCCAAGAGGGCCGAGUUAGAGAGGAGGAAGGCGGCACGGGAGGCAAUGACGGCAUCUUUUCACGGAGAUAGUAGUAGUACUACUACUGCAGAGUUGACGACGUCGUACGAUCACGGUGAGUACGUGGACGAGGAAGCGCUGUUUGGGAUGCCGAAUUUGCUGGUGGAGAUGGCGGAGGGAAUGCUGCUGUCUCCGCCAAGGAUGAUGGAGUCGCCGCCGCCAUCAGACGAGUACUACUCGCCGGGGAGUUCAGACGGUGGAGAUAGUUUGUGGGGUUAUUUUUGAUAAUGUGCUACUUGCUGCAUAUAGCUAGCUAGCUAGCUUCUUCUAAAAUUUGUUCAACA